GGAGGCGGCGCGGGGAGUUUGGACCCCGGUUCCGCCCGCUCCGAGCCUGAGGGAGAGGAUCAUGGCUGCUGUUCCUCAAAAUAAUCUACAGGAGCAACUGGAACGUCAUUCAGCCAGAAAAUUGGACAAUAAAUUAAGUAUUUCAAGAGCAAAACCUUCUGCUUUCACUUUCAAGAAGAAAAUACCUUCAGCCAACGAUGUAUCUGUGACCAGUGUGUCAGUGGCAAAGACACCUGCGUUAAGUGAUAAAGACGUGAAUGUUACUGAUGACUCUUCCUUCAUUGAAACUUCCCCCUAUAAUCGGCAGACAAGGAUCUGUGACUUUAAAAAUGCUGCCACAGGACAGCAAACCAAGAGAAUUGGUUCAAAACCAUUGUUGCCAGAUCCUGCGCAGGUUCCACGGGCAGUUUUACGUACUACCCAGAGCACACCGGUUACAAAGGAACCCCGUGAUGCCACUUUCAAGAAAUUAGAAUUUAGUUCUUCAUCAGACUCUCUUAUUACCGUCAAUGAUUGGGACGAUAUGGAUGACUUUGAUACCUCUGGAAAUUCAAAAGCAUUUUUUACACCAGUCAAAAAUCACUUCCUGAGAGUAAGCACUGCUCAGAAAUCAAAGAAGUCUAAGAAAAACUUUUUUAAAGCACAGCUUCAUAAAGCAAGUACAGGAAAGGCUGAUCUGGCCCUUUCCUCCUCUGAGUGCAAGCAAGGACGUCCGACUGAGGGACAGAAGGCCGACUCCGAAUGGUUGAGUAGCGACGUGAUUUGUAUUGAUGACGGCCCCGACUGUGAAGAGUUUACAAGUAAAGAUACUCAGGAUAGUCCCUCUGUCAAACUUCAUUUGGGAGAGGAGAAAGAGAAUACUGAAAAGGAAGAAAACUUGGAAGAAACUGAAUUACAUUCAGUUGAGAAAUCUCCGUGUGCUGAACUUGACGAAGAUGAUUACAACAUAGAUUUUGUUCCACCUUCUCCAGAAGAAAUGACUUCCACCUCUUCUUCCUCUUUAAAAUGCUUUAGUGUGUUAAAGGAGCCUGACACCUGCGACAGGGAGACGGGCGAUCUGAGCACGCCCGAGGACGCGUCCCAACCGGAGAAAGUGCCCGCUCAGCCAUUGCCCCGAAAAUCCAGCACAGACUGUGACGCUAGACAGAUGAGUUUCCAGCAGCAGCUUAAUCGAGUGAUGGUCCGCAUCUGUAACUUAGUUGAUGCUAUUCCUGACGAUGAACUGAAAGCAUUGGAUUGUGGGAAUGACCUGCUCCAGCAGCGGGACAUAAGAAGGAAACUCCUGGCUGAAGCAGGUUUUAACCCGGACGACGCCAGUGUUCUUGGCUCAGUGUGGAGGUGCCGGCCUGGUGAAGGUGUUGACCCCAUGGUGUACACGGCUUCUGGUUCCUCGCCGUAUGCCUUUCCGAAGGGCGAUUUCUGCCCUACAGGGAGUUCUGAUGAGUUAAAUUUUCUCCCCAUUUCUUCAAAUUCAAUUUCUUCUGGUGAGCGUAUAGUGACUACUACCCCAGGAAAGACAGGAUUCUCAGCCACCAAGAAGAAUCUCUUUGAAAGACCAUUAUUCAAUUCCCAUUUACAGAAGUCCUUUGUAAGUAGCAACUGGGCUGAAACCCCAAGGACAGAAAAAAGUAAUGAGAGCUCUCGUUUCCCAGGAAAUGUACUCACAAGCACUGCUGUGAAAGAUCAGAACAAACAUACUGCUUCAAUAGAUGACUUAGAAAGAGAAAUGCAGGCUUCCGAUGAGAUUGAUAAUUUUGACAUCGAGGACUUAGAUGAUGAUGAUGAGUGGGAAAAUAUAAUGCUUAACUUAGCAGCCAGCAAAUCAUCCACAGCUGCCUACUGUCAACCUAUUAAAGAAGGUCGGCCAGUUAAAUCAGUAUCAGAAAGAAUUUCUCCAGCCAGGACAACCUUUCUUCCAGCAACAUUUACUGCUCAAAAUAAAAACUUCUCAGAGUCAAUACAGAAUUACCCUGACCAGUCGGUGCAACACUUAGCAUCCAGAAAUGUGAAACACAAGCAUUUCCAAAGUCUUGAUUUUCCUCAUACGAAAGAAAUGAUGAAGAUUUUUCAUAAAAAAUUUGGCCUGCAUAAUUUUAGAACUAAUCAGCUAGAGGCGAUCAAUGCUGCGCUGCUUGGUGAAGACUGUUUUAUCUUAAUGCCCACUGGAGGUGGUAAGAGUUUGUGUUACCAGCUCCCUGCCUGUGUGUCUCCUGGUGUCACUAUUGUCAUUUCUCCCUUGAGGUCACUUAUAGUUGAUCAAGUCCAAAAGCUGACUUCAUUGGAUAUUCCAGCUACAUAUCUGACAGGCGAUAAGACGGACUCAGAAGCUACAAGUAUUUACCUCCAACUAUCAAAAAAAGACCCGAUUAUAAAACUCCUCUAUGUUACUCCAGAGAAGGUCUGUGCGAGCAACAGACUAAUUUCUACUCUGGAGAAUCUGUACGACAGGAAGCUCUUGGCACGGUUUGUUAUUGAUGAAGCACACUGUGUCAGUCAGUGGGGACAUGAUUUCCGUCAAGAUUACAAAAGGAUGAAUAUGCUGCGCCAGAAGUUCCCCUCUGUUCCGGUGAUGGCUCUUACUGCCACAGCCAACCCCAGGGUGCAGAAGGACAUCCUCACUCAGCUGAAGAUCCUCAGACCUCAAGUGUUUACCAUGAGCUUUAACAGACAUAAUCUGAAAUACUAUGUGUUACCAAAAAAGCCUAAAAAGGUGGCAUACGAUUGCUUAGAGUGGAUCCGAAAGCAUCACCCACAUGACUCGGGGAUAAUUUACUGCCUCUCCAGGCGGGAAUGCGACACGAUGGCUGACACCCUGCAGAAGCACGGCCUCGCCGCGCUCGCCUAUCACGCCGGGCUCAGCGACGGCGCCCGGGACGAAGUGCAGCACAAGUGGAUCAAUCAGGACGGCUGCCAGGUUAUCUGUGCCACGAUUGCGUUUGGGAUGGGGAUCGACAAACCCGACGUGCGGUUCGUGAUCCACGCGUCCCUCCCGAAGUCCGUGGAAGGCUACUACCAGGAGUCCGGCAGGGCCGGAAGAGACGGGGAAGUGUCUCACUGCCUGCUUUUCUACACCUAUUACGACGUGACCAGACUGAAGAGACUUAUCCUGAUGGAAAAAGAUGGAAACCAUCAUACAAGAGAAACUCACUUCAAUAAUUUGUACAGUAUGGUCCAUUACUGUGAAAAUAUAGCAGAGUGCAGGCGAAUACAGCUUUUGGCUUACUUUGGUGAAAUUGGAUUUAAUCCUGAUUUUUGUAAGAAGUACCCAGAUGUUUCUUGUGAUAACUGCUGUAAAACAAAGGCUUAUAAGACACGAGAUGUGACUGACGAUGUAAAAAGUAUUGUAAGAUUUGUUCAAGAACAUAGUUCAUCACAAGGAAUGAGAAAUAAGCAUGUAGGUCCUUGUGGGAGAUUUACGAUGAAUAUGCUGGUCGACAUUUUCUUGGGUAGCAAGAAUGCAAAGAUUCAGUCGGGGAUUUUUGGAAAGGGAUCUACGUAUUCACGACACAAUGCCGAGAGACUUUUCAAAAAGCUGAUACUUGACAAGAUCCUGGAUGAAGACUUGUUUAUCAAUGCCGUUGACCAGCCAAUUGCCUAUGUGAUGCCUGGCAGUAAGGCCCAAACUUUACUGAAUGGGCAUUUAAAGGUAGACUUUAUGGAAACGGAAAAUUCCAGCCUUAUAAAAAAACAAAAAGCCUUAGUGACGGAGAUAUCUCAGAGGGAAGAGGUGGUGAAAAAAUGUCUUGGAGAACUUACAGAAGUCUGCAAAUCUCUGGGGAAAGUUUUUGGAGUCCAUUACUUCAACAUCUUCAACACCGCCACUCUCAAGAAGCUUGCAGAAUCUUUAUCUUCUGAUCCUGAGGUUUUGCUUCAAAUUGAUGGUGUCACUGAAGACAAACUGGAAAAAUAUGGUGCAGAAGUGAUUCCAAUAUUACAGAAAUACUCUGAGUGGACGUUGCCAGCUGAGGACGCUCCCCCGCGGCCGAGCCCAUCCAGCAGCAGAGGCACGGGGAGAAACGACUCUGAGGGCUUCGAUGAGGAAGCGCCUGUGUCUUCUCACUACUUUGCAAAUAAAACCAAAAAUGAAAGGAAGAGGAAAAGGGCACCAGCCUGCCAAAGGAGCAAAAGGAGAAAAACUGGUGAUUUCAAGACAAAAGCGGGCUCCACCACAUGCAGAAAGAUAUCUUCUAAAAGUAAAUCCUCCGGCAUAGUUGGGCCAAGAUCAGCUGUGCAUGGUUCUCAGAUGGCACCAGGAGCCAGUAGAAAAUUGGGGAUUAUGGCCCCACCAAAGCCUGUAAACAGAGCGUUCCUCAGGCCUUCGUACGCAUUUUCAUAACAACCAAACCUCAGUGUGCAGAGAUCCCGUUUCUUGUCUGUUGUCAUCUGACCAUCUGUGAAUAUAAAGUUGUUUAGUUUCAUUAUUCCAUUUGUGAUUUUUACCCGUAUCUAUUAAUAUUUAAAUAAAUGCUUGGGGUGAUGGUUCUGUUUUUUAAAUAACCAUUUUCUUUUGAAUAAGCAAGAUUUGCUGCCUCUGCAAGCCUUGUGGCUGCUGUUUCUGAGAACAU